AUGCAUUCAACUCCAGGUAUUUUCAGGGAAGAAUCAUGAAGCCGCUCCUGUUAAAUCAUAUCCCUUUUAUUAGGUCUCUCCUGGUGGAUUACGUAGAACUUUGGAAAAUUAAACGUUAGACAUGUUCAUAGAAAAUCAUGUCACUGAUUUUUAAAGCCAGCUCAAUUUAACCUGCCACUGAUUCCCUAAUCAGCACUUCUCCGACUGUAUCCCGAGGGAAAAUAUAUUGAACGCAGCAGAAGGUUAAGGCGGAGGAGCUGGGCUAGAUUGGGAAGCAGCCAAUCAGAUGGGGAGGGUCCAAAGAUCUGAUGCCUCCAGGCGAGCAGCGCCAAGCUGAGCUGGUUAGUCUCCUUUUAUAGCGGAUGAACACCACACACAUGUUGUGAACGCUCCCUAGGCUGGCUGCAGCGACCAGGCAGACCCGGGAGCAGAGAAUAGAGGAAUACCUGCCCAAGCAACUCAUUCUGCACGGCAGCCGACGAGACAGCGAUUUUCCCGUGCUGGAAUGUGCCCAUCCAAAGCCGAUCGAUUUGUUGGAAAAUCAGAUCAGUCAAAAUCCAAUUUUGAUGUUAUGCAAAUACGCCUGGGGCUGUGAAGCAGCUGACACUUGGAUUGGACUUAAUCUUAAACCUCUGGAGUUCAAGACCUUUUAAAAAGGGCUAAAUAAACAAUCUCUACAUGUAAAAGGCCACUGACUCCUACUUCCUCUGCAUAGAGCAACUGUUGAACUCAGCUGGCUGUAGGAAAACUGAAGACUUUAAUAACAAACUCUCCAAGGUCAAAAUGAACACAGAUAGCGGUGGGUGUGCUCGCAAACGUGCCGCCAUGUCUGUUACGCUAACAUCUGUGAAGAGAGUGCAAAGUUCUCCAAACCUAUUGGCUGCAGGCCGUGAUUCUCAGUCACCAGACUCAGCUUGGAGAUCUUACAAUGAUGGCAAUCAAGAGACACUGAACGGAGAUGCUACAUAUUCCUCUCUUGCAGCAAAAGGUUUUAGAAGCGUUCGACCAAACCUACAAGAUAAAAGAUCACCAACUCAGAGCCAGAUAACAGUGAAUGGAAACUCUGGAGGUGCCGUGAGUCCCAUGAGUUACUAUCAGAGGCCGUUUUCCCCCUCGGCAUAUUCUCUCCCAGCCUCACUCAACUCCAGCAUCGUCAUGCAGCACGGCACGUCCCUUGAUUCCACAGAGACGUAUCCCCAGCACGCGCACUCUCUGGAUGGCACCACCAGCAGCUCUGUCCCCCUGUACCGAUCCUCAGAGGAAGAGAAGAGAGUCACCGUCAUCAAAGCCCCGCAUUACCCAGGGAUCGGGCCCGUGGAUGAAUCCGGAAUCCCCACAGCAAUUAGAACGACAGUCGACCGGCCGAAGGACUGGUACAAGACGAUGUUUAAGCAAAUUCACAUGGUGCACAAGCCGGAUGAUGACACAGACAUGUAUCAUACUCCUUAUACAUACAAUGCAGGUCUAUACAACCCACCCUACAGUGCUCAGUCACACCCUGCUGCAAAGACCCAAACCUACAGACCUCUUUCCAAAAGCCACUCCGACAACAGCACUAAUGCCUUUAAGGAUGCGUCCUCCCCAGUGCCUCCCCCACAUGUUCCACCUCCAGUCCCACCACUUCGACCAAGAGACCGGUCUUCAACAGAAAAGCAUGACUGGGAUCCUCCCGACAGAAAAGUGGACACAAGAAAAUUUCGGUCUGAGCCAAGGAGUAUUUUUGAAUAUGAACCUGGCAAGUCAUCAAUUCUGCAGCAUGAAAGACCAGCCUCCUUGUAUCAGUCGUCUGUAGACAGAAGCCUGGAAAGACCCAUGAGUUCUGCAAGCAUGGCCAGUGACUUCAGGAAGCGGAGGAAGAGCGAGCCUGCAGUGGGUCCACCACGGGGCUUGGGAGAUCAAAGUGUGAGCAGGACUAGCCCAGGCCGAGCGGACCUCCCAGGAUCAAGCACCACCCUUACAAAGUCUUUCACUAGCUCUUCUCCUUCUUCCCCAUCGAGAGCAAAAGGUGGGGAUGAUAGCAAAAUGUGUCCAUCCCUUUGCAGUUACUCAGGGCUCAACGGCAACCCCUCCAGUGAGUUAGAUUACUGUAGCACUUAUAGACAGCACUUAGACGUCCCUCGGGACUCCCCAAGGGCCAUCAGUUUCAAGAACGGCUGGCAAAUGGCCCGGCAAAACGCAGAAAUCUGGAGCAGCACAGAAGAAACCGUUUCUCCCAAAAUGAAAUCCCGGAGCUGUGACGAUCUCCUAAAUGAUGACUGCGAGAGCUUCCCGGACCCGAAAAUCAAGUCAGAAAGUAUGGGCUCCCUGUUGUGUGACGAGGACUCCAAAGACAGCUGCCGCAGAGCCUGGGGGUCGCCCUACAUCCAGGAGGUCCGCAGCGCUGGCAGGUCGAGGAUCAGACACCGGUCAGCCCACAACGCCCCGGGGUUCCUAAAGAUGUACAAGAAGAUGCACCGCAUUAACCGCAAGGACCUGAUGAAUUCCGAGGUCAUCUGCUCCGUGAAGUCCAGGAUACUGCAGUACGAGAGCGAGCAGCAGCACAAGGGCCUGCUGCAGGCCUGGAGCCAGUCCUCCACGGAGGAGGUGCCCCGGGACAUGGUGCCCACGCGCAUUUCCGAAUUCGAAAAGCUGAUUCAGAAGUCCAAAUCCAUGCCCAAUUUAGGGGAUGACAUGCUAUCUCCCGUCACCCUAGAACCACCACAAAACGGCUUAUGUCCCAAGAGGCGAUUCUCCAUUGAGUAUUUGCUGGAGGAAGAAAAUCAGAGUGGACACCCCUCUCAGGGCCAACGAGGCUGCACGUCUAACGCCCUGGUGCCCAUUCACAUUGAAGUCACCAGCCAUGAGCAGCCCAGAGCUCACGUGGAGUUUUCCGACAGCGACCAGGAUGGGGUUGUGUCUGACCACAGUGACUACAUUCACGUAGAGGGGUCAUCCUUCUGCAGUGAAAGUGACUUUGAUCACUUUUCCUUCACAUCCUCGGAAAGCUUUUAUGGAUCCAGCCACCACCACCACCACCAUCACCACCACCACCACCGCCACCUCAUCAGCUCCUGCAAAGGCAGAUGCCCGGCCUCCUACACGCGAUUUACCACGAUGUUGAAACACGAAAGAGCCAGACACGAAAACCCCGGGGAGCCCAGAAGGCAAGAAAUGGACCCUGGCCUUUCUAAACUGGCUUUUCUAGUCAGCCCUGUGCCUUUCCGCAGGAAAAGAAACUCAGCCCCCAAGAAACAGACUGAAAAGGCAACAUGUAAAGCCUCUGUGUUUGAGGCUCUGGACUCUGCCCUUAAAGACAUCUGUGACCAAAUUAAAGCUGAAAAGAAAAGGGGGAGCUUGCCAGACAACAGCAUCUUGCACCGUCUCAUCAGUGAGCUGCUGCCAGAUGUUCCCGAGAGGAACUCGUCCCUGAGGGCGCUGAGGAGGAGCCCCCUGCACCAGCCUGUCCACCCACUGCCUCAAGAUGGUGCUAUUCAUUGUCCACCCUACCAGAAUGAUUGCGGGAGAAUGCCUCACAGUGCCUCUUUCCAAGAUGUGGACACAGCCAACAACUACCACCACCACCAGGACCGUGGCGGUGCACUCCAAGACCGUGAGUCCCCUAGAAGUUACUCAUCCACUUUGACUGACACAGGGAGAAGUACACCAAGGGAAAGAAGAGGAACUCCAGAAAAAGAGAAAUUGCCUGCAAAAGCUGUUUAUGAUUUUAAGGCUCAGACAUCUAAGGAGCUGUCAUUUAAGAAAGGAGAUACUGUCUACAUCCUCAGGAAAAUCGAUCAGAAUUGGUAUGAGGGAGAACACCACGGCAGAGUGGGCAUCUUCCCGAUCUCAUACGUAGAGAAACUCACACCUCCCGAGAAAGCACAGCCCGCGAGACCACCUCCGCCAGCCCAGCCCGGAGAAAUCGGAGAAGCUAUAGCCAAAUACAACUUCAGCGCUGACACAAACGUGGAGCUGUCACUGAGAAAGGGAGAUAGAGUUAUUCUUCUUAAAAGAGUUGAUCAAAACUGGUAUGAAGGCAAAAUCCCAGGAACCAACAGACAAGGCAUCUUCCCUGUUUCCUAUGUGGAGGUCGUCAAGAAGAACACAAAAGGUGCUGAGGAUUACCCCGACCCUCCAAUACCCCACAGCUAUUCUAGUGAUAGGAUUCACAGCUUGAGCUCAAAUAAGCCACAGCGUCCUGUGUUUACUCAUGAAAAUAUUCAAGGUGGGGGGGAACCGUUUCAGGCUCUGUAUAACUAUACUCCUAGGAACGAAGACGAGCUGGAGCUCAGAGAAAGUGAUGUCAUCGAUGUGAUGGAGAAGUGCGAUGACGGCUGGUUUGUGGGGACCUCAAGAAGAACCAAAUUCUUUGGUACUUUCCCCGGAAACUACGUCAAGAGGCUGUGAAUGGCUCUCCCUCCUUCUGUAGGCCACCUGCCAGCCACGCACCUGCGUCAACGCCUGAAACACCCUGCAGGCCUCCCGUCGUCAUGCCUUACGGUUUCCAAUGCACCGUCACCAUCUCCACCUGCCACCAAACCACCAGCAGAGUAACCGCCGCUGCUGUGAGCCUGGGGGCGACAUGGCAGGCUGGUCCCCUCCGUGAAAGUGUGGAUUCCUACUUCCUGCUCUAAGCUUUGACACGUCAAAAUGUGGGAUCAGAAAGAAAAUCAUGAUACUUAAAAAUGGUCAAAUAUUUGAGGCAAAAAAAAAAAAAAAGUGUCUCCAGGGGGCUAUUUCAACACCUCCCCCCAGGCAAUGUUCUCCCCAAAGAUGACCAGAAAAUUGUUUAUUGGGAAAUGCUGUGGUUUGCGUUUUCACAUUCUUAGCUUGGCAGUGUAUAUUCUUUUCACAAGUUUGCCUAGUGUCUUGGUUUACACAAUAUGACAACUGUAACUGUACUUUAGCUAGUGUUUGCCUGCACAUACAUGUUGUAAUAUGCACAGUGAUUACCACCUUUAAAGCAAGAGGAGGAAAGUUCAUUUGGAUGAGUGUGAUUUUGUUGAUUGAAUGUAAGUUUUCAAAUAGGAGUCUUUUUCUGCAAAUUUUUUGCACUUUUUAGAAGUGCAAACAGUAAAUGAAUAAGAGCCUUCAGUAAUAAUCAUGACAGUACAAGAGGCUGAGCUAGACUACAGGGAAAAACUAUUGUGUUGUAAAGUUGCAUCACUAUUUUAUAUUAAAAUGUAAUGAUCAGCAUCAUGAACAAUGAGCUCUUAGUGUUUUAUUUAUCUGAAAAAAAUGUAAGUAAAAGCAGUGUUAGUGAGAGGUGCAAAGAAUUAUUCUAACAUAGACACUUGAAAGUAUCUGUAAGCAAUACUAGUAGGUAAGAUUUCACUGUGUGUACACAUACACAUUUGAGAUUGUAUGAGAACAUAUAAUCCAUAUGCGAUGUUGUACAUUUUAUGGAAAUGUAAUAGAAUCUCACACAUUAUUUUAUAGAAAUAGAGUACAGAAGCAUCACAAGUAUUAAAGUUGGUUUUAGCAAGGAUUAUGAUUAAUACAAUUAUUUUUACUAUAAUAAUUAUUUUUCUUCUAUGGAACUCAGAAUCCUGGCUACAUUUGAGGACAGGAAUAUGUUGAGCCUGAUUUUCCUGGUGUGUGUAAAAUAUUUCCUAGGAAUAAAUUAGGCACUUUUUAGAAACAAUGUUAAAUCAUUCAGGUUUUAUUUUCUGCCCUGAAGCAGAAAUUUACAAAAUGAUAUUGGGACCUGGAAGGUUUAAUAUGGUUCACAGUGCCUGAAUUACACAUACUCCAAGUACUAGCUUUGUAUUUCUUAUGACUUUGCAUAAGAACUAUUCAUCUUUGGAUCUUGAGCACCUUAUAGAUAAAACUUUUUAUGGCAUUUCUUUCGUGGACAGUGAUUGAUCUUUUCACAAUGUACGUAGUCUUUAGAAUUUUGUACAUAUGUUUGCUCUUUUUUUGUACAGAAUAUUUAGUUCAGUUGUUGAGAAAACAGGGGAGUUUCCUAAUUUGGUCUUUAUCCUGCGACAACACUUUCAGCAGACUAGCCUCUCCCUAUCUCACAGAUCACAAGCACCCCUAGAUAAUGUGAUUCUGUCAGAUAGCAUUUAUAUGCAAAAAUCUAUGAAGUUAAAAGAUCGUAGAAGCCAAACUGAAAUGUACAUAUCUACUGACUGAUGACAAGGGAAUUUCAUUAGGAAGAAGGUAAAGCAACAUCUUUGAGUAGGCUACCUUGAUUUCUGUCAAGUUCACAACCUGCUUCGUAUUUUAAAGGCUUCAGGUUUGAAAUUAAGUCAACUGCAUGCAGCUUUGCUGAUAAAUGAAUAAUUCUCUUUGAUGCCAUUUAUGAGAAAAGACUUCAAUAUCUGUUGCCUGUCAUAUUUAAGAAGAAUUACUGUUUCUACUCUCUGUAUCUGAUUUUAAAAGAAAAAAAAGAUUCAUACCUGGCUUCCAGGUAAUUGACUUUGAAUUCUUACAAGCAAAGAUCAUUGUGUUUUUCUUGAAUAGACAUCUAAUAAAUUUUCCUUGGAAGUAUA